CACGCGUGCGGGCCACCACCGCGAGGUAGGAGCGUAAUACAUUGUGCGCGUUCUCCAAAGACUCGCUCUUCCCUCAGUCCGGCACGAGAAGCCGGGGAGGAAGCUGAGUGAAACACACAAGUGCAACAAGAGUAGGCGAUCUCGCCCGGUCCCCGGCUAAACGCCACCAUCAGCUCACCCAAAAAAAAAAAAAAAAAAAAAAAAAAGUAAAAAAGAGUAAAAAAGAGGCUCAUAGGUAUAAUAAUAUAGUACAAGUUGUACGUAGAAGCAAGUAAAACCUGGAGGGUUGGGGCCGAUUGGGGUUUGAUGAUCGCAAGUAGGCGUCGCUGAGAGGCAGAGAGAGAGAGAGAGAUGGAGCCGAGGGUGGCUCGCCUCCUCCUCUUGACAUGUGUCGCGGGGCUGGUGUUGUCGGGGAGCCGCGCCGAGAUCCUGACCCCGCCGUACUUCAACUUGGCCGAGGGCAAGGAGAUCAUAGCCACAGCGACCUGCGGCGUCGACACUCCCGGUCCAGAGCUCUACUGCCAACUGGUCGGCGCCAACUCGGACCAGGAUGCCAACAUCAAUCAGAACAUCAUCCAGGGACAGCAAUGCGACUACUGCGACCCUAACGAACCCGACAAGAGACAUCCUCCCGAGUAUGCCGUUGACGGUAUGGAAACGUGGUGGCAAUCACCACCUCUUUCUAGGGGCAAAAAGUACGAGGAGGUCAACCUCACCAUUAAUUUGGGACAGGAAUUUCACGUGGCGUACGUGUACGUGCGCAUGGGCAACUCGCCGCGUCCUGGGCUCUGGGUGCUCGAGAAGUCCAAAGACGACGGCAAGACUUGGUCACCCUGGCAGUACUUUUCCGACUCGGACAGCGAUUGCAUGACUUACUUUGGCAUCGACAGCCACACGCCCAUCACCCGCGACGACUCGGUCAUCUGUACGACCGAGUACUCGAAGAUCGUGCCGCUCGAGGGUGGCGAAAUACCGAUUUCCAUCCUAAACAAUCGACCCUCGGCCAAGCACUACUUCAACUCGACGGUCCUCCAGGAGUGGACGAGAGCCACGAACGUGAGGUUCCGCUUUCUCAAGACCAAGAAUUUGCUCGGGCACUUGAUGUCGGUCAGGCGGCAAGAUCCCACCGUCACUCGACGAUACUUUUACUCGAUCAAAGACAUAAGUAUCGGAGGGCGCUGCUUCUGCAACGGCCACGCCGAUUCGUGCGACUCGUUGGACCCGGAUCACCCGAAGAAGCUGUUUUGCCGAUGCCACCACAACACGUGCGGCCAUCAGUGCGACACCUGCUGCAAGGGCUUCGAGCAAAAAAAGUGGCGGCAAUCGACAAACUCGAAAAAAUUCGUCUGCGAGCCUUGCAACUGUUUCGGCCACACCGAGGAGUGCACUUACGACGUGGAAAUAGACGAGAAACACAUGUCGCUCGACAUUCACGGCAACUACGAGGGCGGUGGCGUUUGUCAAAAUUGCCGGCACAACACCGAGGGCAUCAACUGCAACCGCUGCAAGCCGAAAUUCUACAGGCCGAGCAACAAGCCCCUCAACGCCACGGACGUUUGUCAGCCGUGCAAGUGCGAUCAUUUCUACUCGACCGGUAAUUGCUACGACUCGACCGGCCAGUGCGAGUGUCGGCCGGAAUACUCGGCUCCGAACUGCGACUCCUGUAGCUACGGCUACUUUGGCUAUCCCGAUUGCCGGCGGUGCGAGUGCCACCUCAACGGCACCGACGGUUACCAUUGCGAAGCCACGGAGGGCCAGUGCCCCUGCAAGGAGAACUACGCCGGCCACUACUGCGACAUCUGCGCCGAGGAAUACUACGACUUUCCGAACUGUUUGCCUUGCGAGUGCAACACGAUCGGCUCGCUUAACAACGUUUGCGACGUUGAGUCCGGAAACUGCACCUGUCGUCAGAACUAUGGAGGACGUAGCUGCGACGCCUGCGCGGAUGGAUACUACAACUUCCCCCAGUGCACGUAUUGCGAGUGCGACAUCCUGGGCACGGAGGCCGGGGUCUGCGACAAAACAAACGGUCAGUGCCUGUGCAAGGAGGGCUACGGCGGUCCGCGCUGCGACCAGUGCGUUACCGGCUACUUUGGCUUCCCGAACUGCGAGCCCUGCAACUGCAACAGGAACGGCUCGACCUCCGUCAGUUGCGACUCCAGCGGCAAAUGCUCCUGUCUCUCCAACUACGUUGGCAGAACUUGCAACCAGUGCGCUCCAGGCUACUACAACUAUCCCGAGUGCACAAGCUGCGACUGCGACAGUCACGGCUCGAUCGGCGUCUCUUGUGACCUCGAGGGCAAGUGCCAAUGCCGCGAGAACUUUGACGGCAACCGUUGCGACCAGUGCAGGCCCAAUUUCUACAACUUUCCCUUCUGCGAGGGCUGCAACUGCGACCCGGCCGGCAUCGCCGGUACCUUCCAGGGCUGCGGGAGCUUGCCCGCCGGUGAGCUGUGCCAGUGCAAGGAACGCGUCGAGGGCAGAAUUUGCAACCAAUGCAAGCCGCUCUACUGGAACCUACAGGCUUACAAUCCCGAUGGCUGCGAGGAUUGCAAUUGCAAUAUCCCUGGCGUGAUCGGCAGCAUCGGUGAGUGCGACGGCAAAACGGGCCAGUGCACGUGCAAGCCAUCCGUCAGCGGUAGAAACUGCUCGGUCUGCGCGGAUGGAGCCUACGAUCUCCAGGAGAGCAAUCUCUUUGGCUGUUCGCAAUGCGCUUGUGACAUUGGUGGUUCGCUCAGCCCCACGUGCCACAAAGAAACCGGCCAGUGCCACUGCCGGAGCCGCGUAGCGGGCCAAAAGUGCGACAAGCCGAUGCGCGCCCACUACUUCCCGACCCUCCACCAAUUCCAAUACGAGGCCGAGGACGGCCGGACGCCGAGCAACCGGUCGGUGCGCUACGGAUUCGACGAGGAUCUCUUCCCCGAGUACAGCUGGAAGGGCUACGCCGUCUUCUCGGCCCUGCAGAACAAGAUCAUCCAUGAGAUCGAGAUCCCCAAGUCAUCGCUCUACCGUAUGGUCCUGCGCUACGUGAAUCCCAACAGCGAGCCGAUCCUCGGGUCCGUCACGAUAACCCCAGACAGCCACACCGAGGUCGAGCAGCACUUCAAGGUCCAGUUCAAGCCAACUGGACGGCCCUCGUUUGUCACAGUGGCCGGUGCCCAGGGCAACCUGCCCUCCGUCAUGGUCAUGAACCCCGGCCACUGGAGCGUCACGCUCGCCAUCGAGAAAAGCCUCUUCCUCGACUAUUUCGUCCUGCUGCCAUCCGAGUACUACGAGGCCUCGAUCCUCACCCACGAGGUCAGUCUACCCUGCGAGAUUGGCUAUCAAGGGCUCUGCCGGCACUUUGCCUACCCGAACCUGUCCCCCUUCGACUCCGUCACCGGGGCGGGAGGCUAUCUCGAGGAAAACAACGCCCGGAGCCCGCCGACCGAGUACCUCAGCGAGGAGGAGACGCUCUUCGAGAUGGACGAAAGCCACAGGCUCCCGCUCCUCAACGACGCGCAGAGGAGGAUCAACUUUGAGUUCGCGGUCGCCAAGCCUGGACCUCACGUCCUGGUCAUCUCGUACGUCACACCCUUUAACGACGAUGCCCGCACUGCGACCGUCUUUGUCGAGACCAACACGAUGGACAGGGGCAAGGCCACUCUUCAUCCCUGCAAGUACACGAGCAUCUGUCGCCAAGUGGUCAUAGGGACUAGGGGUGAGGUCGCGGUCAUAUACUUCCCCGACAACGAGGUGAGUGUGGCGCUCAACGGAGACCCAAGCACCAAUGUGGCGAUCAAGUCCAUCUCGGCCAUACCCUCGCACGAGUGGUCGAUAGAUUACCUCAAGCCGAAAUCCGUCUGUGUUCGCAAAAGCGGCAAGUGCGUCCAGGGCAUAUUCCCCGAGGCACCGGAAGCCAAGAGAAUUCAACUCGAAUCGAGCCCCGAGGUACCCACUCCCGACGGUAUCUACGACACCAGCUCCAAGUUUGUUCACCUGAGCGAGCACGAUCCCGUUAAGGAGACCCCGGCCAAGGUGCCCCAUCCCGGCGACUACGUCUUCGUCGUGCAGUACUACCAGCCCGACUAUCCUGAAUUCGAUCUCGACGUACUCGUGCACAACGGCAAAUCCUACGAGGCCAAGGUCCCGAUGACCCACUGCCCGAGCAACAGCGGCUGUCGGAGCCUCGUGCGACAGCUCGACGGCAACACGCGCUUCCAGCUAGUGGAGAACUUUGCGAUAACCCUGAGGGAAAGCGCCAGCCGGGGAGUCUGGGUGGACUACAUCCUGGUGAUACCGGCGGACCUUUACAGCGACGAGUACCUGAAGAAGCUCGGCUUCGACCAGACGAAGGAGUUCAUCGCGAAGUGCGGUACCAAUCACUUCCACAUAAACAGCAGCGAGACGGCCGGCGGCUUCUGUCGCGACUCCGUCUUCUCCCUGACGACCAACUACAACAACGGGGCGCUGCCCUGCAGCUGCGACAUCGAGGGCACGCGGAGCUUCGAGUGCGAGGAGUUUGGCGGCCAGUGUCCCUGCAGGGCCAACAUAAUCGGCCGGCGCUGCAACAUCUGCAAGACCGGGUACUUUGGCUUCCCGAACUGUCGGCCCUGCAACUGCCCGAGCACCGCCAUCUGCGAACCCGAGACCGGGGCCUGCAUAUGCCCCUCCCACGUGACGGGGGCACGCUGCGACCACUGCGAACCCGGGACGUACGGCUACGACCCGAUAAUCGGCUGCGAGGAGUGCCAGUGCUCGCACCACGGGGUCCUCGACGGCAAUCUCCAGUGCGACCUGCUCACGGGCAGGUGCCAGUGCAAGGCGCACGUCGUGGGCCGACAAUGCGACAGCUGCGAGCCCGGGUACUAUCGGUUCCCGUACUGCGCGCGCUGCGAGUGCGACGAGCGCGGCACCAACGAGGACAUUUGCGACCAGGACACGGCCGAGUGCCACUGCAAGCCCAACGUCCAGGGCGGGGCCUGCGACAGCUGCAAGGAGGGCACCUUCAACCUCCAGCCGAGCAACGAGCGGGGCUGCACCGAGUGCUUCUGCUUCGGCAAAACAACGCGAUGCCAAUCGUCGAGCCUACGCAGGAGCCGGCUGGUCGACAUGACCGGCUGGGACGUGGCUCUGGUCAGCGAGCGCAACGAGACGGUGGAGAUACUCAAGGCCAUACCCCAGGAGAUCAACGAGACGCACAUUGUCGUCGACAUGGACUCGGGCAUCGACGAGACGAGCGUCGUGUAUCUGUCGGCACCCGCGAGCUACUUGAACAAGAAACUCGUGUCCUACGGCGGCUGGCUGAAUUACAACAUCCACUACACGACUGGACUGUUUGGCGUGGCAGUUCCCGGCGCCGACGUCAUUCUCCAGGGCGCCGACAACUUCCUCAUGUACCGGGGAGAGGAGCAGCCUCCCUCCAACACCAUAUUCCCCGCGUCGGUGGAGCUGGUCGAGGCCAACUUUGAGACCAAACAGGGCCUCAAGGCCACCCGGGAGCAGAUCAUGGUCGUCCUCGGGGACCUACGGGGUAUCUACAUUAGGGCCACCUACUGGCAGCCGUCCCUGACCAUAUCCUUGUCGCACGUCUUCCUCGACGUGGCCACGGAGCGUCAGAACGGCGACGAGGGGUACGAGGUGGCGAGCAGCGUCGAGCAGUGCCAGUGUCCACCCAACUACAGGGGCCUGUCGUGCGAGGAGUGCGCCAAGGGCUAUUACCGGGUGAGCGGGCCUUACGGGGGCUACUGCGUCAAGUGCCAGUGCAACGGUCACGCGGACGCGUGCGACGUCAACACCGGGGUGUGCAUUGACUGUAAGAACGGGACGACCGGGGAGCACUGCGAGCUCUGCCAGGAAGGCUACUACGGUAACGCGACGAUGGGCACGCCUUCGGAUUGCUUGAUCUGCGCCUGUCCCCUGCCCAUACCGUCCAACAACUUUGCCAACGGCUGCGAGGUCAACGAGGACGGCAGCAGGAUAAGCUGCGACUGCAAGCCCGGCUACUACGGGGCGCGGUGCGAGUCUUGCGCCGCGGGCUACUACGGCCGGCCCGACGUACUCGGCGACGUGUGCAAGGUGUGCGAGUGCUCGGGCAACAUAAACACCAACGAGAUCGACAGCUGCGACUCGGUGACCGGGGAGUGCCUGCGCUGCCUGAACAACACCUACGGGGCCGCGUGCAACCUCUGCGCCCCUGGAUUCUUCGGCGACGCGGUCGAGCGCAAGGACUGCAAGAGCUGCUUCUGCGACCAGUGCGGCAUGGAGCGCUGCGACAGCCACACCGGCCAGUGCCAGUGCCGGCCCAACGUCAUCGGGGACAAGUGCGACAGGUGCGCCCAGGACCACUACGGCUUCGCGAGUUGCCAGGGCUGCCGACAGUGUGGCUGCGCCCUGGCCUCGGAGAGCACCCAGUGCGCCGACGAGGACGGCAGCUGCAAGUGCAAACCCGGGGUCGACGGCAGGACUUGUGACGUGUGCAAACCCGGCUACUGGAACUACGGGCCCGACGGCUGCACGUCUUGCGGAUGUACGACUGGCUACUCCCGUGGAGCGUCGUGCGACCCGGUGACGGGCCAGUGCGAGUGCCUGCCUGGUGUCUUGGGUGAAAAGUGCGACCACUGCCCCGUGCGCAACGUCCUCGACGAGAGACGAGGCUGCCAGCCCUGCGACAAGUGCACCCACGACCUCCUCGACGUCACCGACGAGCUCGAGAGAACUCUCGAUCCAGUUGCCGGCUCCUUCAAGAACGUCGCCGACAGCUACUUUACGAACCAGCGUCUCGACUUUAUCAACGACACCCUGAGCAAGCUGGAGCCCGAGGUGAAGCUGCUCGAUCCGCGUCGCAUAGAUUUCGAGCCCCUGAAGCAAGAAAUCGUACGGCUGAGCAACAAGGCGUACGUGCUGAAGCGCCGCGUCGAGUUCCAAGAGGAGGACGGCAGGAACUGCAAGGAGCACGCGGAGAAGAAUCUCAAGGACAUGAAUAACCUCGAGCCGGAGGUGGCGAAGGAGAUAAACCUGGCCAACGCCAUAAUUAACGAGGUCCAGGCGCUGGCGUCCAACACGGAACUCGGCAACGGGCCCAGGAUCGACAACGCCUUGAGGCAAGCCCAGUCGAUCCUCGAUCGGAUAAAGCAGGUCUCCUUCCAGGAGGAUCGCGACAAAGCGACCGACCAGGCGAACCAAGCCAACAUCCUGGUCUCGGAGAUGACGAGCUACGGCGAGCCGGUCAAGGCUCUCGUUCAGGAGACCGAGGGGGUCAGCGACAAGGUGCGCAGACUCUCCAACCAGAUCGACGACAUGUACAAUCUCACGCUCCAGGCGGACGAGAGGGCCAAUGCCGCCGAGCGGCUCAACUUUGAGAACAAGAGGCUCGUCGACGCCAACAGCCCCGCGUCGAUUAGGAGUGCCUUGGAUCAAGCCAAUGACAACCUAGCCAGGGGCGAGGAGCUCAACAACAAGUCGAACGCCCUCUUCGACGAGGCGCAGUACAAUUUCAUCAGCUUGAAAAACAACGUCAAAGUGGGUACGGAGACGGAGGAGAAUCAAAAGCUCAGCGAUGCCCUGGCUGACAACGAUCAGUUGAUAUUGAGCGUGGUCGUGGAUAUUGUCCCCAAAGCUGUGGCUCACUCUCGAGAUCUCGAGGCCAAGUCGCUCAGGCUCGAGUCGUUGCUGACCAACACGCGCAAUUUGCCGGGUGUUCGAGCCACUUCUGUCUACGAGAACAUGGCCAACAACAUGAGAGAUGCCCUCCAAUUUGCCGAGGACGCGUCGAAGGCUGCCACCAAUGCGACAAGCAUGCUCGAUGGACUCAAGGAUAGGAGCAAGAGUAUCGAAGACCGAAGCAGAGAUCUGUUGACCUCGGCUAGUGCCGCAGUAGCCAGAACAGAGCGCGACUUGAAGCCAGAGCUCGAGAUGGCGCGUGACAGGGACAUGCACGACAUUGCCGAUCAAAAUGACAGGAACACCCAAAAACUCGACCGCAUCGAAAAGUCCCUGGAUUCUCUGACAAUUCAGUCCUCGGGACUGAUAGCUCAGAAAUCUUUGAACGACGCGGACACGGCGGAAUACACGAUCGGCGACGUGAUCAACAACCACAUAAUCGGCAACGUCGACCGCAUACCCGAGGACUUGAGGAGAGCAAAGCAGCUGUCAAAGGACACGUCCGACUCGAUUCGCGACGUGCACCAGGCUAACCACCAACUGGACUCCCUGGGCUCGAUCCUGCCCGACAUCAACGGCAGACUACAGGCCCUGAUCGACAAGCAGCAGUCCAUCAACGCCACGGGUAACAACCUCUACGACAACAUUGAAAAACUGAAGAACAAGAUCUCAAGCGCCCGAGACCUGGCGAACCGAAUUAGGGUCGGCCUAGUCUUCUUCCCCAACACUACCCUCGAGCUAAAGAACCCGGAGAGCUUGCCUCUGCAGACCACCUCGACGAAAAUCUCGUUCUACUUCCGCACGCCCAAACCCAAUGGCUUUCUCCUGUACCUCGGCAACGAAAACAGAACAAACAUCCCGCGAGCGAAGACCCACGACUUUAUGGCGCUUUCGCUCGAAGGAGGCUAUCCCGUUCUGACUCUGGACUUGGGCUCUGGGCCUCAGAGGAUAAUUAAUCCCAAAUACGUGUCCGACAAUAUUUGGCGUCAACUGGUCGUGGACAGAACCGGCAGAAACAUCAAGCUGGUAAUAAACGAAGACGUGGGCGAGGGCAAGGUCCAGGCAUACGAGGUGGAGCAGUCGUUGCCCGGUUCGCACUCGAUCUUCAACCUCGACCAACAAAAGUCCAAGCUCUUCGUGGGUGGCUUCCCGCCGUCGUUCCAAGUCCAGGAUGCCGUGAUAUCGUCGUCGUUCGAGGGCGAAAUGGAGGAGCUGAUGAUCGGCGAGGUACCCGUGUCCUUCUGGAACUUUGUCGACGGAGAGAACAACGGGAAACCCGCGUACGAGCGCGACGUGCUCAUAAACCUCCAUCCGACGACCGGCUACCGGUUCGACCGCGACGGCUACGUGAUUCUUAGUAAAAAGAACUCCCAGAUACCGCCGGACAUUAAAAAGUUCCGCGUUCAGUUCAAGUUCAAGACGUGGGUGAACAAUGGCCUGAUGUACCUCAUGGGAGGCAAGAAACACUUCCUCUCGAUCGAGAUGAGGGACGGGCACGUGCUUUAUCAGUUCGACCUGGGAGACGGGCACAUGUCUAUUGAGACACCCAACACGUACAACGACGGCAAGUGGCACAAAAUCGACGCGUCGCGACUCGACAGGAUCGGCGCGUUGAAGGUGGACGACUUUGGCAGUCAAAAUCAGACCCAAGGUGAAGGGAAAAAUCUGGUAUCCACGGACUACAUAUACUUCGGUGGCUAUCCACCGUCGAUACCACAUCCCUACAAGGGAGCCACGCAGGUCGGCUUCGAGGGAUGCAUAGACGAAGUCCAGUUCCAAGAAACCACUGCCGAUCUAACGAAGAACAUUCAAGCGUCGGGUGUAGUGAGCGGCUGUCCCGUCAAGUUUGCCAGUCUGGUAUCCUUCGACGGCGUGCAUCCAGGCUACGUGAGAUGGGACCAGGUCUCGGUGCCCCACUCACUGCAGAUAAAUCUCAAGUUUAAGACUCAACUGAACAACGGUAUAAUCUAUCACCUGGUGAACGGCGACGGUACGCCGAUGAGUACCCUGGCACUGGUAAACGGCCAGCUAGAGCUCGACAGUCAGGGUGCGCGACUCGAGACGAGCACGCGGGACAUAAGAUUCGACGACAACGAGUGGCACGUCAUCACUGCCACGCACAACGACUCCUCUCUCAGGCUCGACAUCGACGACACCGAGGAGGAGAGCAUCGACUCCGCACCCUACCCCCAGCCGAUUAACGACGGCUCCCUGUACAUCGGCAACGUUCCCGACAGCGCUCGAAACGGCCUGAACUUUGAGCCGUUCGUCGGGUGCGUUGGAGACGCGACCCUCAACGGAAUCAUCAUAAACUUCGCUAAUUCGACCGAAAAACCCUACGCUCAUCUUGCCCAGUGUCCCAACAAGCAAGAUCAAGUUUUUCCGGGCCGUGAGCCACCAUUAGGGACGUACCCGCCCCUUCCAGCACCGUCGUCCUACGACGAGUCCACGGCGAACGUUGUAGAUCUCAGCCAAGGAGGAGACACAGACUACUCGGGACCAGGUGCGAUCGAGGGUCAGCUGCCGAUCUACGAUGAUACGUCCGCGGCAUCGACCGAGUCACCGACUACCACCUCAACCACCACAUCGACUACGCCCUGGCCAACUUCGUCCAAGGAACCCGAGACCAUCGAUGGCUGCCGUCUGCCCUACUUCCCUGCCACCGAUCCUGACCAAUACAGCGAAAACGCUUGGAGAUUCGGCACGCAAAAGAACAGCCGAUUCGAAUACAACACGCUCAACGGGCGUUACAAGGACGAGUAUGAUUUCCAGAUCGAUAUAAAGACGUUAGCCAGCGAAGGCAUUAUUUUCUACAGUACCGAUUUUACCGGAAGCGAUUUGAUCGCCUUGUUUAUAAAGGACAGUUUGGUUCACUAUGCGUUCGACUGCGGCACGGGUCCCGCUUUGCUUCGUAGCGAGAAGAAAAUCAACGACCACCAAUGGCACACGGUUUACUUCAAGCGAAUCGGCUCCCAGGGCGAACUUGUGGUCGACGACGAGCCGGCGAUCCAUGAAAAGUCUGAGGGCGAGGGCGAGACCAUCAACGUGCAACCGCCCUUCUUCGUUGGUAGCGUCGAUCCAAUCAUAUCUAACAGCGUUAUCGAGAGAAUCGAUACAAAUAAGACGUUUAGCGGAUGUAUUCGUAACUUUAUGCUGAAUGGACAGCACAUAAAGGAACCAGUCAAACAGAAUGGCGUUGUUCCUUGCUCCAAGAGAGUGGAGCCUGGUAUGUUCUUCUAUCCAGGAAACGGCAGCAAUUAUUUCGUGGCGGAAGACCACUUUAAUGUUGGAAAACAAAUGGAUAUCCAAAUGGAUAUCAAGCCGAGAUCGUCGUCAGGACUUUUACUCUCGAUCCAUGGAAAGAGCGAUUACGUCGUGUUAGAAAUGGUCAACGGCUCGGUUAAGUUUUUGGUGAAAGCCAACAGAGGACAGAUUGAAACUACGUUCGACGCAGUGAGCCCCAACUAUCUCUGUGACGGCAAUUGGCACAACAUUCGAGCUGUAAGACAAAAGAACGCUGUCGUCUUAUCCGUGGACCACAAAGCUGCUUCCCCAGGAAUCGGCAAUAAAAAUAUAGGAAGCGUAAUCACAAAAACUAAUUCAAUUUACAUUGGUGGGCAUCCACACUUGGAAUCUGGAAAAAAUUUGAAAGGUAGCGUUUCGAAAACUCAGUACGUUGGAUGCAUCAAUAACAUCGUCAUUAGAGAUCGCGCGUAUCCGUUAGAUCCCGCAAAAACUCAUGGGCAAGUAGUUGCGGAUGUGUGUCCAACUAUUUAAAAAAUCUACAGAAAAAACUCUUUUGUAAAUUAAAAUUUAUAUUUUUACAACUUUCAUUGUAUUGUCCAAAGAAACUCUUAGAUAACAGUUAUGUAAUACCAAAGUGGUAAGAAAAUAUUUAUAAAUAAAAAAAAUUAAAAAUA